AUGAGCGGCCGUCGCACUCGGACCAUUAAGGCUUCGGCAUCGUCAUCAGUGCCGACCAGGGGUUCCUCGAAGGAUAAGGAGAACAGGGAUGACCUGCGAGUUAUUGCUACUGGCAGUUUGCUGGGUGAUGGUCAGAGAUGGAAGAAGAAAUAUCUCUCCCAUUCAGAGGUUUCGACCACCACUGCGAGCCUUCCUGCAGCAGCGGACGAGAAGUCGGCGGGCUACUGUGGUGGUGACACUAGACCUCGCCGUCACAGCUCUAAGGCCAGCUCCUCAGAGGGGAGACAGGAUUCCUUCGUUCUAGCUAAGGAGCAAGUGCACAUCAACAGAACUCUGACAAAUCCUAAGGCCUCUGUAUCGGAUUUGAUCAAUGUGGCUAAGACUAACCGUCUGAUGUUCAACACGGUCAAUUGGGCGACCCUUUUCCAUCGUCUGGCCAGAUUCCACGCCAAGGAAGCUGCCACUAAUUAUCGGCCGGAAAUCAAGACUCUUCUACAUCAGUGUCGUCUCGAGGAAGACUGCAGUUGUCAGCAUCUCGCUAACCUCUCCUGGGCUAUGGCCAAGCUCCGUAUCGUAGAUAUGGUUCUACUCCACAGUGUGGUGGAGAAAUCCUUGGCCAUGUCCGAGCUGAUGAAUCCGCCGGACGUGACGAACCUCUGCUGGUCGUUGGCCAAAUCUCGGUCAUUUCUAGAUGAACCUAGCCAGUUUCACGAACUGGAGGAGAUCGUCAAUGAUAUGUAG